AUGGCAGCCAAUCCGUUUAUGAUGGAUGAUAUCAAUCCGGCCCCACAGUUGGGAUCUGGUUACAUAAAUCCUUUCGCUACAUCAACGGCAAUUCCAGCCUCUUCGGCAGUUUCGAAUCCAUUCUUCGACAUGGCUCCGGCGAAUGCAAUCGCCGUUAGUAAUCCAUUUUUAAUGGAUGAUAUCCCGCAACAACCCAGCACUGGUACGGUGUACAACCCUUUCGCGUCGUCCAUCACAGAAUCUGACACAGCAGUCAGCGAACACGUCGACAGUCUCGCGUGGCUGAGUUCUGGUGGGGCCAUGCAAACGCAUGGCAAUAUGGCCAGCCCAUACGAUCUGCCAGAUACGUCGUCUAUGUCGCAUCACUCCCCGCUGAUGGACGAUUUGCUGGAAGCCGAUGUGCCACUUCCUGAUGAAUUGGCCACUGACAUCUUGGAAGUAGCUACGCCAUCACCUGGGGCAUCGCCUAUACCGGAGAGCCUCAGCAACGCGAAACCUGCCAGACCAGCUCCACCACCUAGACCACCAUCCAGACCGUCUCCUCCACAUGAAACUCAACAGCUGAUAUUGUCUGUUACGGGAGCUAUGCAAGCCACUUCGGAACAUUUGCUGGACCGUCUGAGAGCCACUGCUCCGAGUCCAGUACCGGGAUACAAUCCAAACAUGAUGCAUUCACAUUCACCGUCUCCCUCGCCAUCGCCGUGCCCAAGUCCUACGCAAAACGCAGAAGUGGAUCUUCUACAUUAUGAUCAUUUGGGUGACCCUCCAGCUGGUCCUCCACCACGUCCGACAUCAAGACCUUCUUCUCCGGCUGUUCCACAGAGACCUCAGCAACUUCCAACUAGGCCAGCACCCCCCGGACCGCCUCCAAGGCCCGUUGCUCCGACGACCGCCUCAACGGCACAACCACCACCGUCAGCUGACAAAGGUUUUGCUAGUAUUUUCGGAGAGCCGUCUCCCACAACCGAAUUGGAAGCGCUGGCAUUUUCACCGACACCAGCAAGUUCACAAGUGACGGCCGAAGCUGUUCCAGCGGAAGAGAUUGAUUUGCUAGGACUUCCGAAGCCUAGGACACGCACAAAUAACGAUAUCUUGAAACUAUUCGAGAAGAAGGUGGAUCAAGAGAAAGAUUUGCUGGCUGGCGACGUCUUUGAAAGUACCUUUCUCGUUGAUCUUGAUCAACAGGCUCCACCCUGUCCCAUUGCUCCUGAAUCACCUUUUGUUAUGGCUCCGGCGACAAGUCAACCAUCAUUCUUCCAGGAAGAAUUAGUAAACGAAGCGAACGAGGCAGUGCAAAUUGCCGACGAGGAGUCAUUGUCAACGCGUUAUCACCAGCAGCAGGAAACACCGUCGUUGGUGUACCCAGACAUCAAAAGCCCUGUUCAGUCGGAGCCAAUCACGAUUCCCAUCCGAGGAGAAUGCGUCGAACAACCCGAGGAGUUUGACGCUUUUUCAUCUCGUUUCGAAAGUGUUGGUAGAGAGGACAUGCUCAUGGUUGAAAGCGAUCCAUUUGAUCCAUUCUCAGCUGGAGGAAGCGCCAAAGGCAGUUCCGUAUGGGGUACUGCAACUGGAACACCGGAAUCCGGCAGCUUAUUAGGCUUCGGAGCGAGUGAAGGUUUUGAUCCGUUUUUGGCUCUAACGGAGCCUCCGCCCGCGCCACACGGAAGCCCGCGUUUUCCAUCAUCUCAUCGUGAACUUUCACACGAUUCCGACGAAGAACAGCCAGAAUUUGCUCUCUCCAUUAAGCCACGUAGCGAAGGCUUUAUGGAUGGUAAAAUAGGACUAGCUUUAGCUCCUGCUUUAGCUCCGCCACCUAGAAUUCCAAUCCAGACUGCAAGCAGUGAUGAUUAUUCUCCUCCGAAAAGUCUUAAUCCAUUCCUGAUUCCCGAGCAGGUGCCUGUGCCAACAUCAUACGAACCUUAUCUGCCUCCUGAGAGGAAAUCAACAACACCACGUAGAGACUCUGAAGAUUCGCCCUUAACACCACUCUUUGACGAAGACCAAUCGGUACCUUUGGAAGUAUUCCCGCGUGUGGAGUACAAUGGUCAAGUAUGGGAGAUGCAAUUGCGACAGCCGAAUAAGAAGAAGAUCACCAGUCAGAGGUUUUGGAAGAAGGUCUUCGUCAAAUUAGGAGUCCAUAACGAUCUUCCCGUGAUACAGCUCUAUAGCAAUAAAGAUGAUAAAGAGCCUUUUCAGGAACUGCAGCUCCAACCUUGUUAUUCUGUCUCCGACAUUAGUGCACAGCAAUUUGAUCAUUAUGGCAAAAUUUUCACCGUCAAGGUUCAAUAUGUCUUUUACAAGGAACGUCCAGGAAUACGACCUGGCCAGGUGACAAAAGCCGAGCGCCUUACAAGCCGUUUGCAGCAAUUUGCUGCUUAUGCUAUACAGGGUGAUUACAACGGCGUCAAGGAAUUCGGUAGCGAUCUGAGAAAAUUGGGUAUCCCUGUUGAACAUGCUCCACACAUAUCUGAGCUGCUGAAGCUCGGAACUACCAACUACGAAGAACUAAAAGAGUUCAGUUCUGCCAUAGAGGAAGCUCUGUUCAAACUGACAGUGCCGCGAGAGAAAUCUCAGGUGGGAUACAAAACGGACGAAGUUCAGAUGACGGCAGUAGACGAAUUCUAUGUCGAGCAAGAUAAAAUGGGUCGAGUGUUGCGACAAAUAGCUCGAGUUCGCGUCUUCGUCCUGUCUUUCCUCUCGGGAUUGCCUGAUGUGGAAUUGGGCGUCAAUGAUCUGCCGAGGCAAGGAAAAGAAGUUGUUGGUCGCCACGACAUUAUUCCAGUCAUCACGGAAGAAUGGAUCCGUCUAGAAGAUGUCGAAUUUCACAGUUGCGUUGACCAAGCUGAAUUCGAAAACACUCGAACUGUCAAAUUCCGGCCUCCGGAUGCGUGCUAUAUCGAGCUGUUGCGUUUCCGCGUUCGUCCUCCAAAGAACCGUGAGCUUCCUCUCCAGGUGCGCACCACUUUAAGCGUCUCUGGCAAUAAAGUCGAACUGCGGUCGGAUGUCCUAGUGCCCGGCUAUAUUAGUCGCAAAUACGGCCAGAUCCCAUGCGAAGACGUGGCGAUUCGCUUUCCGCUACCAGAAGCUUGGAUAUAUAUGUUCCGAGUGGAAAAGCACUUCCGUUAUGGCUCUGUCAAGUCCUCUCAUCGUCGCAUGGGCAAGAUCAAAGGCAUAGAACGUUUCCUGGGCGCUGUAGACACCUUAGAGGCAACGCUAAUCGAGGUUUCCUCUGGUUCGGCCAAAUACGAGCACCAUCAUCGCGCCAUCGUUUGGCGCAUGCCUCGUCUUCCUAAGGAAGGCCAAGGAUCCUACACUACGCACAGUUUUGUUUGUCGUCUCAACUUAACGUCCUACGACCAAAUGCCGGAAACUCUGGCUCGCCAUUGCUUCGUCGAGUUUACCAUGCCGGCCACUAACGUUUCCCAUACUACUCUUCGCUCCUUGGCAGUUAGCACGGGUGAUCCACCAGAAAAAUAUGUGCGCUAUUUGGCCAGGCACGAAUAUGUGGUGGAGAUCGAUCACACUAGUGGGCCUGGACCAGCGGCAUACGUAGCAGCUACCGCCACCGAAAGCAUCAGUCAACAGUUGCCAUCAGCCGCUGAACAACCCGAGGAUUCCGACAGUGAUUCGGAUUAAAUUAUGUGUUUAUUGCUGUCAAUGGCUCUACCGCUUAAUUCGUCGUCAUCGUGUUAGCCAGUAUCUUAGAUUGUACUCUAUGUAACUCAUCUUCAGAAUGAUCUUUUACAGAGUAGCUCGUUUGAGAUAACCUCACUUUCUCAAUCCAGAUUUGCGUUAUUGACGUUCUGAAAGUUCUCGUUUCAUUGGACCAACCAGGCCCUUACGUGUUUUUUACCGUGCGAUCUCGUUUCUAUGUUACCGCCAGGUGGUGAACAGGUAAUACCUUCUUUGAACUAUUGUGUUAAGAUGUCGCUCUGAACAGUCUCGUGCACCAACUCAAGCGAGACAGACAGCUGUUUUGCUAUUGGGUGUUUUCACCUUUUCUUGUUCGAGUUCUUCGAAUGUUUUUUUCUUUAAACCAAUUCAAAAUGUCAAAUAUUUGUCUGUGUUCAUGCGGUACAUUGAACGAUUUCCUUUCCCACCAAUAACGCAGCUUGAUAGGUCGUGAACGACGUGUGAUCUCCACAUUCCCGUAAUCACUUUGUGUUUUUAAAAAAUCAAGAUUCAAGUUUUGAAAGCGUGGUGGGCUGCUCCCAGCAUUCCCUAUAAGGAUAUUAAGGGCUAGUAGUAAAUGUAUUUACUCAUUGCAAAGAAUGAUUUCACUUUCUGUGGUUCUUUGAAAUCGUACUUAUACCCUUUACUUCUUAGAUUCAGCAUAUCACGUUAUCUGUAAUAACUUAUUAUUUUACCAUGUUUGUGUUUUCCUUGUACGUCGGACGCGGCGUCCAGUUUAUGGAACGAAAUCCGGCUUCUGACUCGCUGUCAUGAUCCAGUAGAUUCAGGGGUCGCGAACGUUUGCGCGUGUGUUAUUAUGUUCCAUUAUAUUGACCGUAAAGGACGACUAUACAGCUAUCAGCCAAAGACAAGUGUAAUUCUAAUCGGUUUUGCAUAAGCAACCUCCACUUUUUUUCUUCAGCUACGUAUGUCCUUCAAAUUUUGAUUUGUUUAUUUUAUUUUUUGCAUUUUCUUUACACUUCGCAGAUUAAAAUAUAAAUAUGAAAGAGUACUUGCCGUAAAGCUCGCCUUUAUGGUGAGCUUGAGGGACCCCGUGCGCUAGUGCCAUCAUCUCUGACCUAAUUUCCUGUUUUAAGUGUUCGUGUCUCUGUAACCUGUCAAUAAUCCAAAAGCGGAAACGCAACGCUAUCUUUGCGUUAUUCAUGUAUAAAUUAUUCUGUGCAUGUAAUUUAAAUGCUUUUCUGAUCUCCAGUUGAUCACAGUUUAACAUAUAUAGACCUUACUUAGUAAAUAAGAUGUGCCAGGCUUGCCCUUCAUGUAUCUUAUCGUUCCCAUUUUGCGUCAGAACAAAAUGGGUGAUUUGAAAACAGAACGGCUAUCCCUUGGGCUGGGUGAGUGCAAUCUAGUCAUGGACGCACUCUUGCUGAGUCAUUCAAUAAAUGUAUUUACAUGUUGGUACAAGACGUAUUAUCUCAACGGGAUAAAACGGUGCUUGAAUUGUGGUUAUCAUUAUGCUUAAGUCGAUGGCAAAAAGCGCACUCGUUUUUAGGACAGAUUUGAACCGUACCAACUAAAUUUUAAUGUGACUGCUGUUUAGUAUGAUGUUUCUAGUCUUAUUUCAUUUUGAAUGCAUUGACGGUUCCACGUUUGGCGGAUGUUUUAUUCCUCUGAAAAAUUUCUCCCUCGUUUUCCUUCAUGAAUCUAUUUAUACUAUAAAACCUUAUACUCCCUCCCCCCCCCCAUAACCUUAUACUGUAUGUGAAACUACUACCAGCUAUGAAUAGUUCGCGAUCUGAUUGUAUAUGCUUCCGCAGUCAAUAUGGCUUCGAAAUCUUUUUGUUAUAGCAGCACGUGUGUAAAAAAACAACAAAAAAGUCUGUUUUCAAAUAAAGGAAAGGGAUCGAAAAUAAA